GCAUCAUCUUACGUUUCCACUCACUCUUGUCCUCUCAUGGAUGCAACCAAGGAAGAGUUUCUCAGAGAAUUCGGGGAGGACUACGGAUACCCAAACGGACCCAAAUCCAUCGAUGAAAUCCGAGCAACCGAGUUCAAACGAUUAGAUGGGAAUGUGUACUUGGAUCAUGCUGGGGCUACUUUGUACUCUGAGUUGCAGCUGGAAGCAAUCUUUAAAGAUUUGAAUGCCAAUGUGUAUGGGAACCCACAUAGUCAAAGUGAUACCAGUUCUGCCACAAGUGACAUUGUGAGGGAAGCUCGCCAACAGGUCCUCGACUACUGCAAAGCAUCCCCGAAAGAAUACAGCUGCAUAUUCACUUCUGGGGCAACAGCUGCCCUGAAGCUAGUAGGGGAGGCCUUUCCUUGGAGCUCUCAGAGCUGUUUUACAUACAUGACAGAGAAUCACAAUAGUGUUCUUGGGAUUAGAGAAUAUGCUCUUGGUCAAGGCGCUGCAGCCUUUGCAAUAGAUAUUGAAGAGCAUGUGAAUCAUGGAGUAUCAGGUGGUAAUGUACCAUCCAUGAGGGUCUUGCAUCAUGAAGUACAGCGAAGAAAUAAAGCUAGAUCUAUGGAGAAGGAGCCAAAAGGUGGCUCAUAUAACUUAUUCGCUUUCCCAUCUGAGUGUAAUUUCUCAGGAUUGCGAUUCAACCUUGACUUGGUGAAGAUAAUCAAAGAAGAUCCAAAAACAAUUUUGGAAAGCUCUCCAUUUUGCAAUGGCCACUGGAUGGUCUUGAUUGAUGCUGCAAAAGGAUGUGCCACAGAACCACCAGAUCUAUCAUUAUAUCCAGCAGAUUUUGUUGUUAUAUCUUUCUAUAAGCUAUUUGGUUAUCCAACUGGACUCGGCGCCCUCAUUGCUCGAAAUGAUGCUGCUAGAGUACUGAAGAAAACUUACUUCAGUGGAGGUACUGUUUCUGCCUCGAUUGCUGACAUCGACUUUGUGAAAAGAAGACAAAAUGUGGAAGAGCUGUUUGAGGAUGGCACCAUUUCAUACCUGAGCAUAGCAUCUAUUCAACAUGGGUUUAAAAUUCUGAACUCACUGACUAUAUCUGCUAUAUCUCGGCAUACAGCAUCACUUGCCUUGUAUGUAAGGAAGAAGCUCCUGGCUUUGAAACAUGAAAAUGGAGCCAAGGUUUGCACACUUUAUGGCAUGUCAAAGGCAUUAUGUCAUGGCCUUGGUCCAACAAUCUCAUUCAACUUGAAAAGGAUGAAUGGCACUUGGUACGGAUACCGUGAAGUUGAAAAGCUGGCAUCUUUAUCUGGAAUUCAGUUACGGACAGGAUGCUUUUGCAAUCCCGGUGCAUGUGCGAAAUACCUAGGCUUGUCUCACCUGGAACUUCUCUCAAACAUUGAGGCUGGCCAUGUUUGCUGGGAUGACAAUGACAUUAUUCAUGGAAAACCUACCGGAGCUGUGAGAGUAUCCUUUGGUUAUAUGUCAACAUUUGAAGAUGCAAAGAAAUUUAUUGAUUUUGUGACAAGUUCCUUUGUAGCAUUAUCACAUGGGACUGGAAAUGGGUAUCAAAUAAAGCAAGGUCCUGAAAGCAGAUUAGCAGCAGGAAGUUUCUGUUUGAAAUCUGUUACUAUCUACCCAAUAAAAUCAUGUGCAGGAUUCAAUGUGGAAAGUUGGCCUCUGAACAGUUCUGGUCUGCGUCAUGAUCGGGAAUGGGUUCUUACAAGCCUAAGUGGUGAAAUCCUUACACAAAAGAAGGUCCCUGAAAUGUGCUUCAUAAGUACUUUUAUUGACCUCAAUAAGGGAAUAUUGUUUGUAGAGUCACCCCGAUGCCAAGUGAGACUACCCAUCAACUUUAUGUCAAACUCAUUUAAUGGUGGGAGAGAAGAGAUUACUUUACAUGGCCAAAGAUAUGAAGUACAGGCUUACGAAAAGGAAAUCAACGUAUGGUUUAGCAAUGCCAUUGGUCGUCCAUGCACAUUAUUACGGUGUUUUAGCUCAAAAUACAAUCUUGGCUUGAAUAAGAGCAAAAGUACGGACAUAUGCAGAAGGAUGGAGAGCAUGUUGAAUUUUUCUAAUGAAGCUCAGUUCUUAUUAAUAUCGGAGGAAAGCGUGUCUGACCUCGACAGCAGACUAAAAACAAAUGUACAAAAGGCUGCUCAAGAAACAGGAGGCCAAAUCAAUCCAAUGAGAUUUCGGCCCAACCUCGUUGUAUCUGGUGGUGAACCAUAUGCCGAAGAUGGAUGGAGAAACCUUAAAAUUGGGAAUAUGUAUUUCACAUCUUUGGGUGGAUGCAACCGUUGUCAGAUGAUUAACAUUGUUCAUGAAGCUGGACAAGUGCGGAAGUCGAAUGAACCUUUGUCAACUCUAGCAUCAUAUAGGAGAGACAAGGGAAAGAUCUUGUUUGGGAUACUGCUGAAAUACGAAAAAAGCAUUGGAGGGUGGGAUGGUGACGAGAAAGAUGAUGAUGAUUUGUGGCUUCGAGUAGGACAAGAUGUACAUCCAAAUAUAGUUUAGCGUCAAAACUCAAAACAUGUCAGUGGAGCAGCCAAUCUAAAACGCAUGUUAUCAUCGUUGGUACGUGUAGAAGGAUUUGGCAUGGUCUACAGUGGACAGUGUUAUAGAGCUUUAAUGCUCACCGCCCUAUGUGGAUUCCAAUUUCUCAGCCAGGGGUGUCUUUUUUCCCUUGGGAAAAGUAUACUUGGCCCGUUUUCAACAAAAGAAAAGAACACUUAGCGCACCAUAUAAACAAUUUUCCUUGGUACUAAUUGUACUUUAACGAUGUCUAAAUCACAUGCAUUCAGAAAUCAGAACUAGCUUCUGGAUAUCGAUGUAUGCCGGUGUUUAUAGAUGUUUCAGUGGACCUGAAACUUUUUGUUC